AUGCUCGAUUUCACACAUGGUGAAUUCUCGAACACGAAUGAGUCCCUGACGUGGAGAGAUCUCAUUUCUGAAGCCAAGACCGAUUUGAGCGGCGGCGAAUGGAAGUUUUCCUUGAUUGAACUCGAGAAGUCUCUUGAAAUUCACAAAGAUUCCUUGAGCGGUUUCUGGGCGGAGGAAUGCUUUGAAGUCGCCGGUUGGUCCGAUUUGAGUGGGGAACAUCAGAUUGAAAGCGAUCGGUUCGGUGAGGUCGUUUCCAGUGAUGGGGGACUUGAACUUGAAUCUUGUGAUGACUUCAUGCAUAUCCUUGUCGUCGAAUCCUUCGAGACGAGCCAACACGUCUUCUCCGUCUUUCUUCACUUCGGCGGUGACCUUCUUGUCCUGGAAUUUGGGAAAAUUGUUUGA